GUACUUCUUCGACGUCAGUGGGAAGAAGCCCAGCGAUGCGACCGACCAGUGGCUGGAAUGGGAAGCGGUGCAGUUGAGGCCGGCGGUUGAUGCAGCACUGCACCAGACGGUCAUGCAAGGGAGGAAGAGAGAAGACUCCAUCCCGACGCUGACGAGGCAGCUGUCCCACCUCAACCAGGCGCUGAUCGACCAAGCGACGCCCUGCCUGACCUCCGACACCGUGACUGUGGCUGAUGUCGUUGUCUGGGGGGCCCUUUACCCUGUCCUUCAGGAUGCUGCGUGUCUUCCAGAGGAGUACGCAGCGGUUCACGAAUGGCUCCAGCGCAUGAACAACGUGGGUGCCUGCCAACAGGCCGUGACUGCCACCUUCAAGGGCCAGGGGGCGCAGAUCUUCAAGCCCUACCUGCAGAAGCAGCCAGCUCCAGCUCCAGCUCCAUUGCCAGAGACACCCGACAGCGACCAGACAGAGGAUGGGGAGGCUUCCGAUCGCAAGGUGUCAGAGGAUGAGAUGCAGGCAGCAGAGGAUGCUUGGCGAUGUGGCAUGGUGGGGCACCCGAAACCCAGGAAGAUACAGCACCCG